AUCUCUGUGGCGAUGAUGUCUUAGUGGCCUCCUCAUCUAACCGUAUUCGAUCAUUCCGAGGGUCCAGAACACAAAUGCUCAGUAGCGACUUUGCCUGCAAAUUCUUUUUCCCAUUCACUUAAUUUCCAUUUUCCUUAUCCUUCUCUUUAUCGCCCUUUAUCUCAGCAACAAUGGAGUUCCAAAAACCCCGUCUUCCCCCAAAGGCACCGAGGAGUACGCUAAAACUUUCGAAUGUCAUCACUCAUGAUCUGGACUUUUACGUACAUCCGAAUCUGGUCCCUGAUCAAGACCCCUGCAAAGGCAGAUUACUUCGAGCCACGGGUCCUAUUCGAGAAGGAACCGUUCUUCUCGUAGACAUACCAUAUGCUAUCGUCCCUUCUGUGACGUCCAACGAACCGCUUAUCUGCAGCAAUUUGUCGUGCUCCCGCCGUAUCCCUCAGAAUGGCCGCGCCAUGCGCUGUGAACACGCUUGUUUCAAGGAUGUUGUCUGGUGUAAUGUCGCAUGCCGAGCGACGGAUAAGGCUCGACAUGGUUUUGAGUGCUCUUGGUUGAAAAAGCACGCAGAAGCACUUCGCCGAGAAGAGGGAGAGUACAAUUUCGCUACAGUCUGGCACGUUGUUCGCCUGCUUGCCACGUGGAAUGUCGAGUUACACAGCGGUAACGCCCCUGCACAACAUCGGCAUUCAUGGGAGGCUCAUUUUCUACGUGGCUGGAAAGCUGUGGAUAUGUGUUGUGCGUACCUUGACUCGUGGCCCGAGGUGCAGAUUACACAUUGGAAACGAUUGGUCAAUGAGUAUCUGAGUGAUGCGACUGUUCUACCAUCCCUGCUAAGUGCCGAACAAAUGCUUCUGCUGUUGUGCAAGGAAGAAACCAAUACUUUUGGUCUGUAUCUGAGGGCUACGGGUUCUCAACCUGUGAGCGACAAUGCGACACCAAGAGGUGAAUCGUACGGAAUGGCCCUGUAUCCUCGCGCUGCCCAGUUCAACCAUUCAUGCCUACCAAAUGUCACUCAUAAACCUGACGGCCAAGCUCGAAUGGUAUAUACAGCAGCCCGCGACAUAUCAAAAGGUGAAGAGUGCAUGAUUACCUACUUCGAUCUUACGACGCAUAAAGAUCUUUCAAGUAGGCAGAACCACACUCAGGAGCAAUUCCAGUUCAAAUGCACUUGUGAGAGAUGUCUGAAGGAAGAAGCAGAGGAGAAUCUUGACUGUAUAGACUCAUUACCGUUUGGCUUUUGAGGAGGCAUGGAAAGGCGUUCAGGGUCUGGGUAACGAUUAAAGAAAUACGAGAAUACGAAAUCGGAAAUGAAGAAAAAAGUUAGCUGAAGGGCUUUGCUCCUGGCUUGAGCCCAAGCGGCGCUGUCUGUCAGCUCUACAUGCCCGUCAGUGGGACAGGCUAUGAUUAGAUACUGAGGUAGGGUAUAGUCGGACUGAAUGAACCCCGGUGCGAAAAUGAUUCAAUUAAUCAUCAACUGGCACAAGUUCCCAGCGUGCGCUUUGAUUCGCUGCGGAGAUUGUUUUCGUGGGGUUGCGGAGCGGACCAA